GUUUCUCAUAAGAAACACAAAAUCUCACGUACCGUGAUGAGAGGAAAAUGUGGCGCAUGAAGGUCGAAGCCUUGAGGGAGAAGAAGAAAUGAAAUACAAGCAGACAUUUGCGGAUGUCCCUUAAUGAGCAAAGAUAAAGAACAACUCAGGCGGACAGGAUGUCCAUUACAACAAUUCUCCACAUUUUACUCUUCUUCUUCUUCUUCGGUGUCUCAGCGGUCCAGAAGCUGACUGUCACACCUUACCGAGGCACCACCUUUAAGAUCAGCAGCAGCCAGGCCAAAGGCUGCCAAGUCUGCAUUGGGCCAGGACGAUGUUGGAAGUCUCUGGAACUAAAAGAAAAUGUUCGUGUCUCACUGGAGUUUAAAUGCCCCAGACCUCAGGAUGUGUUCAGUGUGGAAAUUGUGCAAAAUAUUGAGUGUAAUGCAAAGUCCUGCAGUAGCAACAUUGUCCAGGUUGACUAUGGCUCCUCCCCUCUGCUGGAGUUUAACCGCAAGUUUACCUGGAACCUAAAAGCCUCCUCUUUUAAAGCUUUCAAAAUAGACUUCGGCAGCUCAGGUUUUAGACAGAUUAACUCCUCUGGGAGAUGUUUAGACAGACACAGCUACACCCUGCAGGCCUCACAGACCACAGGGAACGUGACUGUUGGGAAAUACUGCAGAACGGGUCCCGUCCACAGUGCUCAGAUACUGAACCAGGGCAGUUUUUCUGUAGGAGUCCCUGCAGGACAGAAGCUGCAGAACGGCCAGUUUGAAGUCUCUGUUGAUGAGGAAAUAAAAUCCCUGGCAAAAAUAACAGUGAUUUUACCAAAAGGGGCCUCGUCUGUAGAGCUACUUUCGCCAAACUACCCUGACAGUUUCCCUGAUGAUGACGUGAUGGAGUGGCACUUUCAGAUCCCAGACAGACACAAGGCGAGCGUUCAGUUCUUGAAUCUACAGCAGCCACGAUGUCUGAAGAAGGAGGCAGCGGUGGAGUACCAUAGCAGGGUUAGAGGAGCUCUGGUGCUGCGUCUGUCAGUCCCACAGCCUGAGCAGAAUCAGGGAAACUUCUCUCUGAUUCUCAGAAACUGUGAGAUGGACAGAAGACAAGAUGAUUCUCCUGGACUGAGACUUAACCUCAAGGUGACAUCGUCAAGUAUAACUGUACCAGCGGUGUCUUGUCAAGUGGAUGUGAGCAAACUGGAGGGCCUUUCUCUUCACAUUGAGAAGCUGAGGCCAACUUCUGACUGUAAGAUGAAGUUAAAAUCUGUGCUGAAGGAGAAGAUCACUGUCACAUCAAACAGCAUGCUGACUUUCCAGGACUGCCUUCCUGAAGAUGUAAAGGUCCAUGCAACCAGAACCAUAGAGUGUAGUAACCUAAAAGACUGCCCAAAGGCUCCGGUCCGGCUCCCUUGUACCCCUUCAAUGCCCUCCUGCCUCCCUGCUCCUCUUAGCAGUGUCACCUGGACUCUUCGUCCUCCGAAGCACGGUACAGUGGAGCUGACCUCUCCCACUGGACCUCUCAAACAGUCUCUACCUGGACAGCCAUGCAAUGACAGCUUCAUUAUCAAAGCAACAGAAGAUGAUGGCACCACAAUAGGACAUUUUUGCCCUGAGGGAACCAUCAAGCAGAUACAAAUCCAUACCAAUGUAAUUGUCACUGUGUCAGUGUUGGAAGAAAAAGCCACAAAGAUGUCUUUAAAGCAUGUGCUGGAGGCAAGGUUGAAGGAGGAAAUAUCAGAAAGAUACAUAUUCACAGUGUCUCCAAGGAAAGACGCCCCUGUCCUGCUGGCUUCUCCUGGCUGGCCAAUAGGUAUGAAGUCCUACUCCACCGUCUCCUGGAUCGUCUCUGUCCCCUCAAAGAUGGAGGCUCACCUAAUGUUUGCCAACCUCAGCCAGCCCAAGUGCAGUAAUCGCCACACCAACAUCCGAGUGCAGAGAAUCGGGCGCCAGGAGGAGGACUACAGCCGCAGAGAGGAUGAGAAGGCUGAAGAAGAGAUCACAGUGUCUGAGAGCUUCUACCUCAACAUGUCCAAUUGCCAGCCUGAACAGGGAGACUUCAGUGUCAUCACCAAGAUCACCCUGCAGGGGAGCCAAAACCUUAUUCUGACCAUCAUCCUGAGUGUGGUAGCUGCUCUGUUGGUCAUUUUUGUCAUCGUACUCGUCAUGGUCUGUGUGGUGAUUAGGAAGAAGAAGAAGGAGCUAAAUCAUCAGGUGUCCAUCUAUAACCCAAACGGUACCAGCUUCUUGCCAGGAAACAAUGGCUUCCCAAAAUCUCGCGAAGACAACGAGUCACACGUGUACGCCUCCAUCGAAGACACGCUGGUCUACACACACCUGCUGAGGAAGGGGAAAGAGAUCGGUGUCUAUGGAGAGUUUGAAACAUACCGGCCAUUCGCAGGGCACACGGACUCUCAAAAGCCGCUGGUCUCUAAAGACAAAAGUGUGGACGACGCACAAGUUGGGACUUACCGACCAUUUCAGUUCCCAUCUCAACAGGCUCCUCCCCUUCCUGUCAGGCCUCCAAGCCAAGGCAACCCCAUGGUGGACAAUGAGAUUUACGAGACUGAGGAGCAAAGCAAAGAGGAGCGUUCCCCCAGUCUGGGGCCACGUCUGGAGCCAGAGGGAGGGAACUGAGGAGAAGAUUGGAUUCAGCUUUCUGCUUUCCAUUUGACCUCUGUGAACUUUGAGAUUUUCAUUCCCUGGCUUCUGUGUGAUUACCUGAUGUUCAGCUCUGCCAGAAGCCUUUGUUUUUUCUCUUGAGCGUUGUUUUGCACAAAAGCUGGGCAAACAAAAUGACCCUGUUCAAACCUGCCUGCAGCUGUUACCUUGUUUUAGCUCAGAUGAAGACACAUUUGGUUUUCAGAGCAGAACAAAAUCAUCCAUUUGCAGUAACAUAGUAAUAGGAUAUGAUUCUUUUUAAUUUGAGAUAUUUUAUUCUUAUUACAACAGCUCAUACCAAAGCAAACAUGUGUCCAGUUUACAUGUUGAGGUGGGCUAUUCUGUUACUUAACAGCAGAACACAGAGGACUGCUGCUUUUGUAAGACACUGCACAUUUAAAACAUAAUGGAAAGCUGAUAGACUGUGUUUUAAGACAUUGCAACGUUACUCUAUGUGCAUGGGUCUGUUUCUCUAUAAUUUAUCCCAGCAUUCUAACCUGCUCUGUAGUUUUCUACGGCAUCAUCACACUGUAAAUUUGCCUUACAGAAUCAUUUGGACACUCGUGUUUAUACAUUUAAGACUCUUGGAAGUCUUUCCUGACAUUUUAGGUCCAUGUGUAAACAGCAGAUAUUUUUUACCCCAGUAUGGACCUUGGAACCAAUCUGCUGCUUGCAAUGUGAAUUUUUCUCUGAUCAUAGAAAGAUGUUUCUGUUUUCACUUGUGCAUCACAGUGAGUGAGAAAUAUGAGGCAUAGCCAUGUUUUAUGAAUUGUUCCAAGUACCAAACAAACCUCUUCCUAGACUGUAAUUAGAGGAAAGCAAAGUCCUUUUGUGCACCAAGUUCCAGGCUGUGAUGCUACUUCUUACAAAGAAUGGUUUGUAUUUUUGACUCACUGUGUUUUUAGUAAUUUUAAGAAAUUUUUAAAAGGAGACAUGAACUCUGAGUUAGUUUCAGUUUUGUCAAAAUCUGUUUGUACAGUGAGCAGUCAUCUUGGUUUAUGAUGGUUUUGUUUUGCU